AUGUCAGAUUCGGCCGUGUUUUUCUUCGCAAACCCAAACUUCGACACCCUGCAAUGUGUAACCCUCGUUCGUGGCGACGAUGAAGUCUCUAUAGAGACGUCUAGACAAGAACACAUCUACAAGGCCAGGGAGCUCAUCUUCCGAGAGAGGCAAGUGAUUGCGACCCCCGUACUCCAGGUGCCAUACAGUGUCCUGGCCAUCACGCAGAAGAGCCUGCUGGACAGCGAACCAUUCCGGCAGCGCCUGGAGUCGAUGCGGCUGCGCGUGUGCUCCAGACAGCGCGUGCUGCCCCGGGAGUUCCAGUCGUGCCUGAGCUACACAAUGCUGGCGCUGCUGGCCCCGGCCUGGAACAGAGUCGGGCCGUACCUCUGCCAAGGAAGGGAGUUCUUAGUUGCCGCCGGCGUUAUACCAGCAAUAGAGUGGCAAAUAUUGGCCACGGAGACGAAGACCGAGCUGACGCUGGCCGCUGGUGGCAUCAGACUGCGACACAUGACGCUGGCCGACCUUCUGAGAGUGUCCAAAAUCGCCCAUUCCACUUUGGUUGAGCUGUGCGUGAAGGAGGUUCCCAUAGAGCCCAUGCAGUGCUUCGUACUGCCAAGUAUGAGGAUCGCAACGGCCAUAGCAGUGUCCUUCAAAGUUUUCUCCGAUUGUCCGUACGGAAGCUUCCAGGAGCUGAAGAAGUUCUGGAAAAACACCUACGGCUACCGCAUCCCGGACGAGACGGAGAGAACGAUGAUCUACGUGAAGGUGCGGUUCCGAACGAGUCGCGACCGCUGCUACGUGUACCCGAUCCUGUGCGUGCGCCCCAGGGAGCCGCAGCCCUUGGCGCGCAUCAACCCUUACCCGAUCAUAGGCGCCUUCCUGCAAUGCGUCAAGCUCAGGAUGGGUCAGGUGUGCGGCGAGCCGUUCCCCAUGGUGUCGCGCAGCCCGGCGUUCCCAACCCCGCAGCUGCGCUGGACGGCCAAGGACGCUCAGACUGGAAUCGACACUGUCAGCUGGACGCCAAGGCCAAGUUCUCACCAAGUCCCCUACAGGCCGAAAGUGUCCUUUGAAGCACAGCCAGUGACAGUGUUUAUCGGCGAUGUGGAAGUGGUGCCGGAAAGCGACGUUGAGGCCGAGAACACGCAGCACAGCAAGCUGUCCAGUACGACAAAGCUGAAACCAUGCUUUCAACCAAAGCAAAGCCGCGUCCACUACAGUCACGUCGGCGCUUGCUCCAGAGCCCAGCCACGAGAUGCCUCUGGCUGCAGCCGCGAGCGAAUGGACAACCCUUUACCGAGCCCUCAAGUGCACAUGAAUGCGUCGGCAACAGCGUUCCCGGCUGUGGUAGAAUGGCUAAAUUCUUGCGAGUUUCCUGUGGCGCAGAAAGCAAAUAACGAACUAACCGCGAGAAAAACGGUAUCAUUCAGGGAGGCUCCCCGAGCUACGUGUACCGACACGAUGAGCUACAUGACACAAACAGUGGCCUCCGCGGGCACCGUAAGGUCAGAGCAGACUCUGCAAGGACAGCAGCCCGGCAGGGCAGCUGUAAACGCGCACAAGACUCGUGGUGUCGCUGAAGGCAAAAUUCCUGAGGAAGCUGGAAGUAAGCCUACAAACCAUAUGACAAUUACACAUCCACCCCAGAAGACGUCCACGCAACUCGGAGCAAGUGCUCCUGCACUGACGGUUCACUAUGCCUCAAGCGGGGGGGCCACAAAAAGCUCCAUGUCUGGACAUUCAGGCCACGCAAAUGCCGCACAGCAAGCGCAGAAAAUGUCCGCGCACUUUGAAGAUAAGUGGAGCAGCUUUACCACUCCCGCACAGACUAUCAACGAUGCUUCACGCUGCAAAAAUCCUGGAAGCGCAAAAGGACGAAUCCCCGCCCAGGCUAAGACGGCGCAGCUAGCAGGCGGCACAUCCAAACAACUUGGAAAGAUGUGGGGCGGGUCAACUACUACAGCACAGAACAUUUAUGACUUCGCACAACGUACAACUUCUCCAGCUUCAGGUGGUAGACUUCCAACGCAAGCUAAAACAGAUCAACCAACACCUAAAGCAUCCUUUAUGCUGCUCAAAGGAAUGUGGGACGGAGCGAUUUCUUCAGCAAGGAACACGCCAACGUUCAACAACGCAGGGAAACCAUGUCCAAAUGUGCAGACAGCGAGGCAACCUCAGCUCCAGAAGCUCGGCCAAACAGCAGUAAAGCCAUAUCUGCCCCCUUCAGUAAAGCAGGUCACGGAGACCCUGUCGCUGAACAAGGCAAACAGCCAGCAAAGAAUCACUUUUGACCGCCACUCAGCAGCACAGCCGCGUCCGGCUCCUCCAACCAAGCAUAAAAUGGCCAGUUUGUCAAUUAUCAAGACGAAAGACGAAAAAAGGAUCACUUUCGAACGACACACUUCACAGAAGCGUGUAGGAAUAGGCGCGGCAAAAACUCUAGCUUGUGCAGUUGACAAAGCAGGCCAAGAUGAAAAGGCAAGCUUUUCGUGUGUUGCAAACACUUCCAACGUAGAUGAGGAUCCAGCAGUCCGAGAGAUUGCCUCGCAACCCUUGCAGUCAGCGCCGAAGGAAGCAGAUGACCUCCCGACAUUAUGCAGCACACAGCUGGAGCAGAGACGCAAGGCACCUCGAAGCAAUGCAAGCACUCGAAAGUGUUGGACAAUUGCAGAAGUGGACAGCCUGCUCAGAGAUAAGAAGUUUGACAUGCUCAACAAGGUGAACUCUGCUGUGCUGCUUGCCUGGUUGUGCCACAAUAAUGUUCCUUGCAACAUCAAGACCAAGAAAAGCGACAUCCUCUUCAAGAUAACUCAGCACGCUGCUAAGGGGUGA